AUAUCUAAGGCUCAAAGCUAUAUACAUAUAUAUAUAAGUAUCAUUUUUAUAUAUAAUCCCUGAAUUACGCAUCUAGCAAAGUCCAAUUACAUAAAUUAUUAAUUAUAAUAAUUAAUGAGCAUGACGCCCUCCGUCCAUGAAAUCCGAAAGGCGCAGCGGUCUGAGGGUCCGGCCACUGUGCUCUCCAUCGGCACCGCCACUCCGACCAACUUCGUCUCACAGGCUGAUUAUCCUGACUACUACUUCCGCAUCACCAACAGCGAUCACAUGACUGACCUCAAGGACAAGUUCAAACGCAUGUGUGAGAAAUCAAUGAUAACGAAGCGUCAUAUGUACUUGACGGAAGAAAUCCUAAAGGAAAAUCCAAAAAUGUGCGAGUACAUGGCUCCGUCGUUAGACGCACGUCAAGACAUAGUGGUGGUGGAAGUUCCAAAGCUAGGGAAGGAGGCGGCGGCAAAAGCCAUAAAGGAGUGGGGGCAGCCUAAGUCAAAGAUCACCCACCUCAUCUUCUGCACAACCUCCGGCGUCGACAUGCCCGGCGCCGACUACCAGCUAACCAAGCUCCUCGGCCUCCGUCCCUCCGUCAAGCGCUUCAUGAUGUACCAGCAGGGCUGCUUCGCCGGCGGCACGGUCCUCCGCCUCGCCAAGGACCUGGCCGAGAACAACAAGGGCGCACGCGUUCUUGUCGUCUGCUCUGAGAUCACCGCUGUCACAUUCCGCGGGCCCUCCCACACCCACCUGGACUCCUUGGUAGGGCAGGCUCUGUUUGGUGACGGCGCCGCCGCAGUGAUCGUAGGCGCAGACCCCGACACGUCGGUGGAAAGGCCGAUCUUCGAGCUGGUGUCGGCGGCACAGACGAUUCUUCCAGACUCGGAGGGCGCUAUAGACGGGCAUUUGAGGGAAGUGGGGCUGACGUUUCAUCUCCUUAAAGACGUACCUGGGCUGAUAUCAAAGAACAUAGAGAAGAGUCUGGUGGAGGCAUUCACUCCGAUCGGCAUCAGCGACUGGAAUUCGAUAUUCUGGAUAGCGCACCCGGGAGGGCCAGCGAUUCUUGAUCAGGUGGAGACAAAGCUGGGGCUGAAGCAGGAGAAGCUGAGUGCGACACGCCAUGUUCUGAGUGAGUACGGGAACAUGUCCAGCGCCUGCGUCCUCUUCAUAUUAGAUGAGAUGAGGAAGAAAUCGGUGGAGGAAGGAAAGGCCACCACCGGCGAAGGCCUCGAGUGGGGCGUCCUUUUCGGCUUCGGUCCCGGCUUGACCGUCGAGACGGUCGUGCUGCACAGCCUUCCCGCUGUCUAAAUCAAAAUUAAUAUAUAUGUAUGUAUGUGACAUGAGAUGUCGCGCGCUUUAAUUAAGAGGAUGUGGGAUCGGCCGGACCAUUCGUUGCUGUUGUUUUUUCCUUUUUUUUUUUUUGUUUGAACCAUGGGUGCUGUCGUUUUCUGUCUCCCAAAGAAUACCCCAAGAAAUCUAGUAUAUACUAAAAUAUGUGAUCACCUCUCUCAGCUGUUUGUUUAAAUAUGAUCAAUUUAUUAUGCUAUAUAUGUGUAAUGCAUUUGUCU